CCAGACGGAGGCAGCUGCCUGUCCGUUCAGCUCCCGCAGCACUGGUUCUGCCCCUCCCAUGCGCACCUGGAGUCGGGUGUAGUUCUUGCCAACACCUACUGCCGGGCCCGGAGCGCUGAAUCAGGGCAUAACCCACCGCUGUCGCCGUGGGGCUCAGCGUCGGAUCCGCUCCACUGCCCGCCCUCUCGGAAGCGGCACGACGAGGCCGUGAGCCAUGGGCACCACUUCCCCUGCGCGCCCGCGGGCCAUACGCAUCUCGCUGCUCCAGGCGCAGCCACCGCUUGCCUUUCGGAGCUCGCCAUCCCCGCCCGACUCACAGCCGGCACCACCAUGAAGCAGGAGAAACCGCGGUCCCUGGCCCCGAGGGCACGGGUUUGUGGCGUCCACGCGGGGCGGACACUGGAGUGGUUUUACGAGGACUGCGGCUGCUGCGUCUGCGCCCUCUGCCGGACCCUGGGUCCCCACCGCGGACAUGGCAUCCACCUGAUGACCCACGGCGUCCGCCACAACCAGGAACUGAUGGCAUUAUAUUUGAAGGAUCUAGAAGAAAGAAAAGAGCAAGAAGCUGGAAUAGAGCAGGCUGCUAAUGAUCUGAAGAUGCAUGCCAUUAUGAGCAAAAGGCAGCUAUCAGGCAAACUGGUUGAGCUACAAUUACUACUUCAGGAAGAGGAAAGUCUGGCAAAAAACUUAAUUGAUGAAAAAACUUGGCAAGUCCUUGAAGCACACGAUCAGCAGUUGCAGUCCUGUCAACAAAAGUUUACAGCCCUGGAGACAUUCUCAUGUAGAAUCAGACAAAUACAACAGCACAGUGAUCCUGUUCAGUUGCUGGAGCAAUACAAAGAAAUUGAGAAGGGAAUGUGGGAGACCAGGCAUCUGUUAGAACAGUGGCAUCCACUACCUUUCUCAUUUGAGCACAUAUUGAACCAUUAUAAACAUUUCAUGACAAUCCUUCAGUCCAUUCUACAGAAACCACUAGAAGACCAGCUUAAAAAAGGUGCUUUCAGUGGCCUUAAUGCCACUGCAAAGAAGGAGCCUGGAACAGUGUUGAAAACCAUGUCUCCUGUUGAUCGAUUUUUUUUCAUAAAACAUAAGUAUGCAAGAUCACCAGCCUGGGAAUAUGAUAGCAUUCAUCCAGGGCUGAAAUUGUCUGAUGACCGUCUUGUAGUAAGCUGUAACUGGAGGAGAAUAUUUUACCCUUGUUGUCCCCAGAGAUUUGAUAAAUUAUGGCAAGUGCUAAGCAGAGAUGCAUUCCUCUCUGGGAGGAUAAGAAUAUUAAAGCACAAUGGGCCAAGUAUCAGUCUCUGAGGAAUGGCACCAGUAUCCAGCUACCACCUGGACUUCAUACAUUUAAGGACAGCACUCAGUGCAUAGCAGUCCAGGCAGUUUUCCAUCCACUUUCUAGUCUAUCUAGCCAAAAAACAUCACUGCUUUGUCUGUAAAGACAUUAUUGAGGCUUGUGACUUGCAGUGUUAAAAUUUGCAGGUUUUUGGUACCUAAGGCAUUAUUUCUCAUUUUACAUGGGACUUUGCAAAUGAUCUUAUUGAGCUAGACUCUCUGGGCUUUUUAGUGGUUUUGUUUAGUUGAGAGAGUUAUAAUAAAACUUAAAUGUUUGUGUAAACACUAGUGGACAGUCAGGUGUUGAAGUAGUUCACUAAAAUCAGAUGUGCUUUCACCCCAGUACAUUACUGUCUAACACUGUGGGAAAAUGCUGCUGCACUGUAGCUGUGAGAUGCCAGAAGAGCAGGAGAAACCCUGCACUUCGCAUGCAACUCUCCAGCUGGUAACUAAGCCUCACACAGCUGCUCACUCACUCCACACAUGGUAGGAUGGGGGAAGAGAUUCAGAAAGGUAAAAGUGAAAACACUUGUGUGUUAAGAUAAAGGUAGUCUAAUAAACAAAGCAAAAGCCACUCAUGCAAGCAAAGCAAAACAAGGAAUUAAUUCAUUACUUCCCAUCGGCAGGCAGGUGUUCAGCCAUCUCCAGGAAAACAUCAUGCAUAAAAGUUACUUGAGAUGACAAACACCAUCACUCCAAAUAUCCCACCCUAACAUUCAAUUUAAACUUCCUCUGGCGCAACUUGAGGCCAUUUCCUCUUGUCUUGUCACGUGCUACAUGGGAGAAGAGACCAACACUCUCCAUGCUACAGCCUCCUUUCCGGUAGUUGCAGACAGCAAUAAGGUCUUACCUCAGCCUCCUUUUCUCCAGGCUAAACAGCCCCCGUUUCCUUAGCUGUUCCUCAUAAAACUUGUGCUCCACACCCCUCACCAGUUUUGUUGCUGUUCUCCAGUGGUGGUGAUUCAACCACUUCCCUGGACAGCCACUUCCAGUGCUACACAUCUCAUUCCAUGAAGAAAUUUUUCCUACCAUUGAAUCUGAACCUUUCCUGGCACAACUUGAGGCCAUUUCCUCAUGUUCUAUCUCUUGCUACUUGGGAAGGGACCAACACCUCCAUGCUACAAUGUCCUUUCAGGUAGCUGUAGACAGCGACAAGGUCUUCCCUCAGC